AUGCCCCAUGGAGUCUGUGGGAACCUGAAGGCAAAAUGCCCCUUGAAUCUGAUCAGAGAAGACAACGGAGCACAAAAUUACUACCGACCUGGAGAUUUUCUCAUCAGCGGGAUCAUAUCUCCAAAGUAUUUUCUUCAGCAACUUCUGUACAACUUUUCCCAGACCCCACUAACCAUGUUUCUGGAUGUACUACAUCCAAAGAUCUGGCACAUCUUGUCCUUCCUAUUCAGCAUCCAGGAGAUCAACCAGGAUCCCAGGCUCUUACCCAACAUCUCCCUGGGCUACAACCUUUAUGAGACUUUUUUUGAAGCAAGGAUGACCUAUGAUGCCAUGAUAGACCUGCUUGCAGGCGGGGGAAGCAAUAUUCCAAACUAUAACUGUGGAAAGCAGAACAAGUUGCUGGCUGUUCUUGAAGGGGCCAAUUCCAUAAUCUCGAAAGAGAUUUCAACCAUGUCAGGCUUGUACAAAAUCCCACAGAUCAGUUAUGGCUUUAAUGCUCAGGUUCUUGAUGAUAAAACCCAGUUCCCUUUUGUCUACCGGACGGUCCCUAAAGAAAAAAUCCAGUACUUAGGGAUUGUCAAGUUGCUCCUGCAUUUUGGAUGGACGUGGAUUGGCCUCUUAGCUCCAGACAAUGACAAUGGAGAAAAGUUCUUCAGUACUCUGACACCUCUGAUGCUUAGCAGUGGAAUCUGUGUUGCCUUUUCACAAAGAUUGCAUGAAAAGAAUUUUUUUGAAACUCCCGGCCUGAAUGAAGCAGUUGAAAUAUGGAGACAAAAAUUCAAGUACAUCCAUGGUUCUCUGUCCUUUGUCAUGAAGUCCCAAAUAAGAACAAAACAGAACUACUAUAGGUCAGAUUCACCUGCUCUUGAACAGUUUUGGAAGAAAGCAUUUUACUGUUCAUAUUUAAAGCACGUGUUGUCUGUCAGAGGUUGGCAAAGGUGCACAGAGAAGGAGAACUUGGAAUCUCUGCCCCAAGAGGAGCUGGAGAGAGUCCUGUCUCAAGACAGCUACAGAACCUACUUCAGUGUCCAAACCAUAGCGCAGGCCUUAAAUGCUGCAUAUUCACCCAAAUCCAAGUGGAUGUUGAUGGUGGGUGGAGGAGACAGGGUGGAAUCUCCAAGGCUGCAGCCAUGGCAGCUUCACUCUUUCUUGAGAGAAAUCCAGUUUUCAAAUGCUUCCAUAGGUGGACUCCAAUUUGAUGAGAAUGGGGAUCUGACAGGCCACUAUGAUAUUGAGAAUUGGGUGAUGUUUCCAAAUAAGUCUCAUGACAGAGUGAAAAUUGGGAGUGUGGAGAGAGAGGCAUCUACUGACAUAAAGUUCACCAUUAACUCAGAAGCCAUUGCGUGGCCCAUGUUAUUUAACAAGACCGUGCCUCACUCCAGGUGUACUGAAAUCUGUCGCCCUGGAUACAAGAAGGUGGUUCAAGAAGGAGAGCCGGUUUGCUGUUACGCUUGUGCUCCUUGUGCAAAAGGGACCAUCUCCACUCAGGAAGAUGCAGACCAUUGCAUGAAAUGUCCAGAUGAUCAACAUCCAAACACAGAGCAAGAUCAAUGUAUCCCAAAGACUACCACCUUCCUGGCUUAUGAAGAACCUUUGGGGAUCAUCUUAGCUUCCAUUUCCCUAUUCUUGUCUUUAACCACAGGCCUUGUUUUAGGAAUCUUCAUCAAAUUCCUAGAAACUCCCAUAGUCAAAGCCAACAACCGGGACCUCUCCUUCAUCCUCCUCAUCUCCCUCCUGCUUUCCUUUCUGUCCUCCUUCCUGUUCAUGGGCCGGCCAAGGAAAGCUACCUGCCUUCUCCGACAAACAGCCUUCAGUAUCAUCUUCUCAGUUGCUGUCUCUUCUGUGCUGGCAAAAACCAUCACUGUGGUGCUGGCCUUCCUGGCCACAAAACCAGGGAACAAGGUGAGAAGAUGGCUGGGGAAGAGUCUGGCCAACUCCAUUGUCAUUUCCUGUUCCAGUGUCCAGGUUGUCAUCUGCAGUAUCUGGCUGGGGAUCUCUCCCCCAUUCCCUGAAUCUGAUAUGCACUCCCAGGCUAGAGAGAUCAUCCUGCAAUGCAACGAAGGGUCUGUUGCCAUGUUUUAUGUUGCCCUUGGCUACAUGGGCUUCCUGGCUGCCAUCUGCUUCACGGUGGCUUUCCUAGCCAGGAAGCUGCCUGGGGCUUUCAAUGAAGCCAAGCUGAUCACCUUCAGCAUGCUGGUCUUCUGCAGUGCUUGGGUGUCCUUUGUGCCCACCUAUCUGAGUAUGAAGGGGAAAUACAUGGUAGCCGUGCAGGUCUUCUCUAUCUUGGCCUCCAGCACUGGGCUUCUGGGCUGCAUCUUCAUGCCCAAGUGUUACAUUAUUGUACUCAGGCCUGAUCUGAAUACAAAGGAGUACCUGACCACAAAAACGAAAGAUGGCAUCUGA